AUGGCCGGGAGCUGGAGGGCGAAGGCGCAGGCGGGGGGGCUGCUGCUGGCGCUGCUGGGCUGGGUCUCCUCCUGUGUCACCACCUUCGUGCCGCUCUGGAAGAGCCUCAACCUGGAGCUGAACGAGCUGGAGGUGUGGAGCAUGGGGCUGUGGCAGGUCUGCAUCGCCCGCGAGGAGGGGGUGGUCGAGUGCCGGGCCCACGGCUCCUUCCUGGCGCUGCCCCCCGAGCUGCGCGUCUCCCGGCUCCUCAUGUGCCUCUCCAACGGGCUGGGGCUGCUGGGGGCCCUGCUGGCCGCGCCGGGGCUGGAGGGCUGGACCCCCUGCGAGGACAAGCCCCGGCUAAAGCGGCGGCUCCUGCUCGCCGGGGGAGCCACGUUCGGCACGGCCGGGAUGGCCACGCUGGCUCCGGUGUCCUGGGUCGCCUACAACACCGUCCUCGACUUCUGGGACAGCAGCGUCCCCGACAUCGUGCCCCGCUGGGAGUUCGGGGAAGCCACGUUCCUGGGCUGGUUCGCCGGAGCCUUCCUCGCCGCCGGUGGGCUCCUCCUCGCCUGCAGCGCCCGCAGCACGACGCCCUCGACGCCGCCGGCCCCGGGCCACCCCCCGCACCCCAAGCCCGCAGACCUGGUCAUUUAG